AUCAUGGACCACGUCAAAAUCCGAUGGUUUCACCAGAAUUAGCAAAGGACAGAUCUAAGAAAUGGAAGAAGAGUUAAGAAACUUAAGCAAGGUAUGGAUCUUUGCCUUGAUCUCCAUCUCUUAUUGUUAUAUCAUAUCAUCUAGAAUCUCCAAAGGUGUUCUUCGUCUCCUCUCCAUUAUCCCAGUAUGCAUUCUGUUUCUUGCUCUUCCUCUGUUCAUCUCUUCUUUGCACUUUAGCGGCAGUUCAACUCUUUUCCUCUCAUGGCUCGCAAAUUUCAAUCUUCUACUCUUUGCUUUUGAUCAAGGACCUUUAUGUCCACUUCCCUCAAAUCUCUGCCGUUUUUUCUGCUUUGCUUGUUUCCCCAUCAAAGUCAGACAAAAAGCAUCUCCAAAUGCGAUCACGAAUCGUAAGAAUGAACCUAUGCCUAAAUGGGUUUUGGCUGUCAAGGUUUUGGUCUUUGGUGUCUUGUUACAUGUCUAUGGAUACAAGGACGUUUUGCCUCGGUUUGUUGUUUUGGCUCUAUAUUGUCUCCAUAUUUACCUUGAGGCGGAACUUGUUCUGGUGUUUGUCGGGGCAGUUGUAUCUACUCUUCUCGGCUGUGACAUUGAGCCGGUUUUCAACGAGCCCUAUCUAGCCACCUCUCUACAGGACUUCUGGAGCCGCAGAUGGAACCUUAUGGUUUCAGCUGUCCUACGCUCAGCCGUCCACAUUCCGGUGCAGCGUUUUUUCACACGCUUUUUCAGAGCAAACAUAGCUGUGUUGGUCGGGGUCAUGGCCUCGUUCCUUGUCUCGGGACUGAUGCAUGAGUUGAUCUACUUUUACGCAAUCCGUUUGCCUCCAACUUGGGAGGUAACUUGUUUCUUUGUGUUGCAAGGUGUUGCCACUACUUCAGAGAUAGUGGUGAAGAGAACUCUGCGGUGGACGCCACCGCACCGGGCUGUUUCGGGUCUAGCGGUUAUGGCGUUUGUGAGCGUGACGGGCGUUUGGCUCUUCCUCCCUCAACUGCUGAGAAAUAAUGUUCAUGAGAGAGCGACUGGUGAAUGCUUGUUGGUUAUUGACUUUGCCAAACGCAAGUUGUUCAUUUCUUCUUCAUGAUCCUUUAUUUUUUUUUAUACAGCGACUUAUAGUUUAUACUAAUAGCAAAGCAACCAAACUUAAAAAUUAUAUUCAGUGUGUGAUAAUGUUCUUGGAAGUGUGAGACACGUUGUGCAGGAAAAAAAUUGGAUUGUGGGCAAAUUUGCAAUUUGGGUUUUGGGUCAACGGAAGUUUUUUUUUUGCGAAAUAGAUCGCAGCACUGUUUGAUCCUAUGCAAAAUUGUCGUAAAAUUCUCAACAGUCCAUAAAAGCAUCUAUUUCUUACUAUUCUUGUUUAACCGAA